AUGUCUACAAGUCAAAGUCCAAGUCCUAGUAUAUCAUCAAUAAAUUCACAAUUAACACAACAACAUUUACUGUUGGCUCCUCAUUUUGUUGGAUUAAAUAAUAUAAAUGUUUGUGAACCUUCUAAAAUCCUUGAUUUUGUAAGAGGUCAUGGAGGUCAUACGGUAAUAUCAAAAAUUCUUAUAGCAAAUAAUGGUAUAGCAGCAGUUAAAGAAAUAAGAUCAAUAAGAAAAUGGGCUUAUGAAACUUUUGGAGAUGAAAAAGCUAUACAAUUUACAGUUAUGGCAACUCCCGAAGAUUUGGAAGCAAAUGCUGAUUAUAUUCGUAUGGCUGAUCAAUAUGUUGAAGUACCUGGAGGAACAAAUAAUAAUAAUUAUGCAAAUGUCGAUUUAAUUGUUGAUAUUGCUGAAAAUACAAAUGCUCAUGCUGUUUGGGCAGGUUGGGGUCAUGCAUCAGAAAAUCCUUUAUUACCUGAAAAAUUAGCUGCUUCACCCAAAAAAAUUAUAUUUAUUGGUCCACCAGGUUCUGCUAUGAGAUCAUUAGGUGAUAAAAUUUCUUCAACUAUUGUUGCACAACAUGCUAAAGUUCCAUGUAUACCUUGGUCAGGUACUGGUGUUGAUGAAGUUCAUGUUGAUGAAAAAACAAAUUUAGUAUCAGUUGAUGAUGAUGUUUAUGCAAAAGGUUGUUGUAGUGGUCCAGAAGAUGGAUUAGAAAAAGCUAAAAAAAUUGGUUUUCCAGUAAUGAUUAAAGCAUCUGAAGGUGGUGGAGGUAAAGGAAUUAGAAAAGUUGAUAAUGAAGAAGAUUUUCGAAGAUUAUAUGAUCAAGCAGCAAAUGAAAUACCCGGAUCACCAAUUUUUAUUAUGAAAUUAGCAGGAGAUGCAAGACAUUUGGAAGUUCAGUUAUUAGCAGAUCAAUAUGGUACAAAUAUUUCAUUAUUUGGUAGAGACUGUUCAGUUCAAAGAAGACAUCAAAAAAUUAUAGAAGAAGCACCAGUCACUAUAGCUAGAAAGGAAACUUUUUCAGAAAUGGAAAAUGCUGCAGUAAGAUUAGGUAAAUUAGUUGGUUAUGUAAGUGCUGGUACAGUUGAAUAUCUUUACUCACAUUCUGAAGACAAAUUUUAUUUUUUGGAAUUAAAUCCGAGAUUACAAGUUGAACAUCCAACUACAGAAAUGGUUACCGGAGUAAAUUUACCAGCUGCUCAAUUACAAAUUGCUAUGGGUAUUCCAAUGCAUAGAAUUAGAGAUAUUAGAACACUUUAUGGUGCUGAUCCACAUUCUGCUUCUGAAAUUGAUUUUGAGUUCUCUUCAGUUGAUGCAUUGAAAAGUCAAAGAAAACCAUCACCAAAAGGUCAUUGUACUGCAUGCCGUAUUACAUCUGAAGAUCCAGGUGAAGGUUUUAAACCAAGCGGUGGUUCUUUACACGAAUUGAAUUUCAGAUCAUCAUCAAAUGUUUGGGGUUAUUUCUCAGUUGGUAAUCAAUCAUCUAUUCAUUCAUUUUCAGAUUCUCAAUUUGGUCAUAUUUUUGCAUUUGGUGAAAAUCGUCAAGCCUCAAGAAAACAUAUGGUUGUUGCUUUGAAAGAAUUAAGUAUUCGAGGGGAUUUCAGAACUACAGUUGAAUAUUUAAUUAAAUUAUUAGAAACUCCAGAUUUUGAAGAUAAUACUAUUACAACUGGUUGGUUGGAUGAAUUAAUCACCAAAAAAUUAACAGCUGAAAGACCAGAUCCGAUCAUUGCCGUUGUUUGUGGUGCUGUUACAAAAGCUCAUAUUCAAGCUGAAGAAGAAAGAAAAGAUUAUAUAAAUUCUUUAGAAAAAGGUCAAGUUCCACAUAAAAAUUUAUUGAAAACUAUUUUCCCAGUUGAAUUUAUUUAUGAAGGAGAAAGAUACAAAUUUACUGCAACUAAAUCAUCCGAAGAUAAAUACACUUUAUUUUUAAAUGGUUCAAGAUGUACAGUAGGAGCUAGAUCAUUAUCUGAUGGUGGGUUAUUGUGUACGUUAGGUGGUAAAUCACAUGCUGUAUAUUGGAAAGAAGAAGCUGCAGCUACUAGAUUAUCUGUUGAUAGUAAGACUUGUUUAUUAGAAGUUGAAAAUGAUCCAACACAAUUAAGAACUCCUUCACCAGGUAAAUUAGUUAAAUAUUUAGUUGAAAGUGGUGAACAUAUUGAUGCCGGUCAACCAUAUGCAGAAGUUGAAGUUAUGAAAAUGUGUAUGCCUUUAAUAGCUCAAGAAAAUGGUACAGUUCAAUUAAUUAAACAACCUGGUUCAACAGUUAAUGCUGGUGACAUAUUAGCUAUCUUAGCAUUAGAUGAUCCAAGUAAAGUAAAGCAUGCUACACCAUUUGAAGGAACAUUACCUGAAUUAGGUGCGCCGAAUGUCAGAGGUUCUAAACCUGCUCAUAAAUUCCUUCAAUAUGCUUCCGUCUUAAGAAAUAUUUUAGCUGGUUAUGAUAAUCAAGUAAUAAUGAAUUCAACCCUUAAAAAAAUAGUUAAUGUUUUGAAAACAAAAGAACUUCCAUUUUCAGAAUGGCAACAACAAAUUUCAGCUUUACAUUCAAGACUACCACAAAAAUUAGAUGAGUCAUUGAAUGCAUUAAUUGAAAGAACUCAAUCAAGAAAUGCUGAUUUUCCAGCUCGUCAAAUACUAAAACAAAUUCAUAAAUCAGUAAGUGAAUCUCCAUUAUUAGCAGAUGUUGUUGCUCCAUUAGUUGCAAUUGCAAGUAGAUAUCAAAAUGGUCUUGUUGAACAUGAAUACGAUUUCUUUGCAUCUUUAUUAACUGAAUAUUAUGAUAUUGAAAGUUUAUUCAUGGGUGAUAAUGUUCGAGAAGAUGAUGUUGUAUUAAAAUUGAGAGAUGAACACAAGACUAAUUUGAAAAAAGUUAUUGACAUUUCUUUAUCUCAUUCAAGAGUUUCUGCUAAAAAUAAUUUAGUUAUUGCAAUUUUGGAAGAAUAUCAACCAUUAUUACAAUCAAAUUCUUCAAUGGCUCCAUCAAUUAGAGAAGUACUUAAAAAAUUAGUACAAUUAGAUUCACGUGCUUGUGCUAAAGUUGCAUUAAAAGCAAGAGAAAUUUUGAUUCAAUGUUCAUUACCUUCUAUAAAAGAAAGAUCAGAUCAAUUAGAACAUAUUUUAAGAUCAGCUGUUUUAGAAACAUCAUAUGGUGAAAUUUAUGCUAAACAUAGAGAACCUAAAUUAGAAAUUAUUCAAGAAGUUGUUGAUUCAAAACAUACUGUUUUUGACGUUUUAUCUCAAUUUUUUAUUAAUAGUGAUGAAUGGGUGGCUAUUGCUGCAGCUGAAGUAUACGUAAGACGUUCAUAUAGAGCAUAUGAAUUAGGUAAAAUUGAUUAUCAUUUCCAUGAUCAUUUACCUAUCAUUGAAUGGAAAUUUAAAUUACCACAUGUUGCAAAUUCAAGAUUUAAUGCAAUCCAGCAAACUUCAGAAGAAGAUGCUACUCAAAUGAGACAUGCUGCUUCUGUAUCAGAUUUAUCAUUUAUUGUUGAUUCUAAAACUGAACAUCUUGAAAGAUCAGGUUUAUUAGUACCAUGUAAACAUCUUGAUGACGCUGAUGAUAUGUUAUUAGCUGCAUUAGAAAGAUUAAAUCCAAGUGAUGCUAUUACUUUUGAGACUGGUGGAGAACAAACUGAAUUACUAAAUGUAUUAAAUGUUGUAAUUAAUGGUAUUGAUGGCUACGUUAAUGAAGAUGAAUAUUUAGCAAGAGUAUAUGAAAUAUUAGAUGAAUAUCAAGAUGAUUUAAGAAAAGCGGGUAUACGUCGUGUCUCAUUUGUAUUUGCACAUGAUGUUGGUUCAUAUCCUAAGUAUUAUACUUUUACUGGUCCUGAUUAUUCUGAAAAUAAAGUUAUUAGACAUAUUGAACCAGCUUUAGCUUUCCAAUUAGAAUUAGGAAGAUUAACAAAUUUCGAUAUCAAACCAAUAUUCACAAACAAUAGAAAUAUUCAUGUUUAUGAAGCAAUUGGUAAAAACGCACCAUCAGAUAAGAGAUUUUUCACAAGAGGUAUAAUUAGAACUGGUAUAAUUAAAAAUGAUAUAAGUAUAUCAGAAUAUCUUAUUGCUGAAUCAAAUAGAUUAAUGAAUGAUAUCUUGGAUGCAUUGGAAGUUAUUGAUACAUCAAAUUCAGAUUUAAAUCAUAUUUUCAUUAAUUUUUCAAAUGUUUUCAAUGUUCAACCAGCUGAAGUUGAAGCUGCUUUUGGAUCAUUUUUAGAAAGAUUUGGUAGAAGAUUAUGGAGAUUAAGAGUUACUGGUGCCGAAAUUAGAAUUGUUUGUUCCGAUCAAAAUGGAAAUUCAUUCCCAUUGCGUGCUAUUAUUAAUAAUGUUUCUGGUUAUGUUGUUAAAUCAGAUUUAUAUAUGGAAGUGAAAAAUACUAAAGGUGAUUGGGUAUUCAAAUCCAUAGGUCAACCCGGUCCAAUGCAUUUAAGAUCAAUUUCAUCAGCUUAUCCAGUUAAAGAAUCUUUACAACCAAAAAGAUAUAAAGCACAUAAUAUGGGUACUACUUAUGUUUAUGAUUUUCCAGAAUUAUUCCGUCAAGCAUCUUUAUCACAAUGGAAAAAACAUGGUAAAAAAGCUCCAAAGGAUGUAUUUUCAUCAGUUGAAUUAAUUUCAGAUGAUAAUGGUGGUUUAACAGCAUUACAAAGAGAUCCAGGUUUAAAUAAAAUUGGUAUGGUUGGUUUCUUAGUUACUGCUAAAACUCCAGAAUACCCAAGAGGUCGUCAAUUUGUCAUUGUUGCAAAUGAUGUUACACAUAAAAUUGGUUCAUUUGGUCCUGAAGAAGAUCUUUAUUUCAGUAAAUGUACUGAUUUAGCAAUAAGCAAAGGAAUUCCAAGAAUUUAUCUUUCUGCAAAUUCUGGUGCUAGAAUCGGUGUUGCUGAUGAAUUAAUUCCUUUAUUCCAAGUCGCUUGGAAUGUUAAAGGUUCACCAGAUAAAGGGUUUAGAUACUUAUAUUUAACACCAGAAGCUAAAAAGGCUAUUGAUGAAGAUGGUAAAGGUGGUUCAUUAAUUACUGAAAGAGUUGUUGAAGAAGGAGAAGAAAGACACGUUAUUAAAACCAUUAUUGGAGCUGAAGAUGGAUUAGGUGUUGAAUGUUUGAGAGGUUCUGGUUUAAUUGCAGGUGCAACUUCAAGAGCUUAUAAAGAUAUUUUCACAAUCACUUUAGUCACAUGUAGAUCAGUUGGUAUUGGUGCAUAUUUAGUAAGAUUGGGUCAAAGAGCUAUACAAAUUGAGGGUCAACCAAUCAUUUUAACUGGUGCUCCAGCUAUAAACAAAUUAUUAGGUAGUGAAGUUUAUUCAUCAAAUUUACAAUUAGGAGGUACUCAAAUUAUGUAUAGAAAUGGUGUUUCACAUUUAACUGCAAAUGAUGAUUUAGAGGGUGUUGAAAAAAUCAUGGAAUGGUUAUCAUAUGUUCCAAGUAAACGUGAUAUGCCAGUACCUAUUUUGGAUUCUGAAGAUCCAUGGGAUAGAGAUGUUGAUUAUUAUCCACCAAAACAAGAAACUUUUGAUGUAAGAUGGAUGAUUGAAGGUAAGAACACAAGUGAUGGAUUUGAAUCUGGUUUAUUUGAUAAAGAUUCAUUCCAAGAAACAUUAUCUGGAUGGGCAAAAGGUGUUGUUGUCGGUAGAGCUCGUCUUGGUGGUAUUCCAAUCGGUGUUAUUGGUGUUGAAACUAGAACAGUUGAAAAUUUAAUACCUGCAGAUCCUGCAAAUCCAGAUUCAACUGAAUCAUUAAUUCAAGAAGCUGGUCAAGUUUGGUAUCCAAAUUCUGCUUUCAAAACUGCUCAAGCUAUUAAUGAUUUUAAUAAUGGUGAACAAUUACCUUUAAUGAUUUUAGCUAAUUGGAGAGGUUUCUCAGGUGGUCAAAGAGACAUGUAUAAUGAAGUACUAAAAUAUGGUUCUUUUAUUGUUGACGCAUUAGUUGAUUACAAGCAACCAAUUUUUACUUACAUCCCACCAAAUGGUGAAUUGAGAGGUGGUUCAUGGGUAGUAGUUGAUCCAACUAUCAAUGAAGAUAUGAUGGAAAUGUAUGCCGAUGUUGAUUCAAGAGGUGGUGUUUUAGAACCAGAAGGUAUGGUUGGUAUUAAAUAUAGACGUGAUAAAUUACUAGCAACAAUGCAAAGGUUAGAUUCUACUUAUUCAAACCUCAAAAAACAAUUAAAUGAUCCAGCAUUAUCACCAGAAGAACAUUCAAAAGUAACUACUAAAUUAGUUGCAAGGGAAAAACAAUUGAUGCCUAUAUAUGCACAAAUAUCAGUACAAUUUGCUGAUUUACAUGAUAGAUCAGGUCGUAUGUUGGCCAAAGGUGUUAUUAAAAAGGAAAUUAAAUGGUCAGAAGCUAGACGUUUCUUCUUUUGGAGAUUACGUAGAAGAUUAAAUGAAGAAUAUGUAUUAAAAUUGAUUGGUGCACAAAUUAAAAAUGCAAAUAAAUUAGAAAAAGUUGCAAGAUUGAAGAGUUGGAUGCCAACUAUAAAUUAUGAUGAUGAUGAAGCUGUUAGUACUUGGAUUGAAGAACAUCAUCCAAAGAUUACUAAAAGAUUAGAUGAAUUAACUAAAGAAAGUAAUAGAUCAGAUUUAGUUAAAUUAAUGAAUUCAAACACUGAAACUACUAUCAAUGCUAUGAAAGAAUAUAUUGAUAGUUUACCAGAAGAUUUAAAGAAAAACUUUUUAAAAUCAUUGUAA